CUCACUCAUAGUCUCUGUGGGUGUGUCCAAAUUCUCUUUCUGCAGCUGGAACUCUCUGGACAGACUCAGUACUUUUUACCCAGCAAAGCGCAUAUGAAAUCUCCAUUCCCUCCUCUCUCAGUCUCUCUCUAAACUGGGUACUGGUUGAAACAGAUAGAAAAUUAAGAGAGACAGAGAGAGCGGUGCAGCGGUGCAUAUAUAUAAAUAUAUAUAUAUAUAUAUAUAUAUAUACAUACAUACAUACAUAUAUAGAUACACGUACUGUGAAUUUUAGAACUCGGAGUGUCUGAAAAAAAAAAAAUAAAAAAAAUGGCCGGAAACGACUGGAUAAACAGCUACUUGGAAGCGAUACUGGACGUGGGUCCGGCACUCGAUGACGUGAAAUCGUCGUUGCUGCUGAGGGAGAGAGGCCAUUUCAGUCCCACCCGAUAUUUCGUGGAGGAGGUCAUCACCGGCUUUGAUGAGACCGAUCUUCAUCGUUCAUGGGUUAAGGCUGCGGCAACGAGGAGUCCCCAGGAAAGGAAUACCAGAUUGGAGAAUAUGUGCUGGAGGAUUUGGAAUUUGGCUCGCCAGAAGAAACAGCUUGAGGGAGAGGAAGUCCAAAGGAUCGCUAAGCGUCGUCUUGAACGAGAAAGAGGCCGCCGGGAAGCUACUGCUGAUAUGUCUGAAGACUUGUCAGAGGGUGAGAAGGGAGAUAUAGUGAGUGACAUAUCAGCACAUGGUGAAAGCACCAGAGGCAGAUUGCCUAGGAUUAACUCUGUUGAUGCAAUGGAGACAUGGGCUAGUCAACAGAAGGGGAAAAAGCUAUAUAUUGUAUUAAUAAGCCUCCAUGGUCUAAUAAGGGGUGAAAAUAUGGAGCUUGGCCGUGAUUCUGAUACCGGUGGGCAGGUUAAAUAUGUUGUGGAACUUGCAAGGGCUUUGGGCUCUAUGCCUGGAGUAUAUCGGGUUGAUCUGCUAACAAGACAAGUAUCAUCACCAGAUGUAGAUUGGAGUUAUGGUGAGCCCACAGAGAUGCUUACUCCAAGAAAUCAAGAAAGUUUCGUGGAUGAGAUGGGUGAGAGCAGUGGUUCUUAUAUCAUUCGUGUACCGUUUGGUCCAAAAGAUAAAUAUGUUGCAAAAGAACUUCUCUGGCCUUACAUCCCUGAAUUUGUUGAUGGUGCAAUGAAUCAUGUAAUACAAAUGUCCAAAGUUCUGGGUGAACAAAUUGGUGGUGGGAAAGCAGUCUGGCCUGUUGCUAUUCAUGGCCACUAUGCAGAUGCUGGUGACUCUGCUGCUCUUCUAUCUGGUGCUUUGAAUGUGCCAAUGCUCUUUACUGGACACUCACUUGGUCGAGAUAAAUUGGAACAGCUAUUAAAACAAGGCCGUCUUUCGAGGGAUGAAAUAAACUCAACAUACAAAAUAAUGCGUCGUAUAGAGGCAGAGGAGUUAUCCCUUGAUGCCUCUGAAAUAGUCAUAACCAGCACAAGACAGGAGAUAGAGGAGCAAUGGCGUUUGUAUGAUGGUUUUGAUCCAAUACUGCAGCGUAAACUCCGAGCAAGGAUCAAGCGUAAUGUGAGCUGUUAUGGCAGGUUUAUGCCACGCAUGGCGAUAAUUCCUCCUGGAAUGGAGUUUCAUCAUAUUGUUCCACAAGAUGGUGAUAUGGAUGGUGAAGUAGAGACAAACGAGGAGCAUCAAACUACUCCUGACCCUCCUAUCUGGUCCGAGGUUCUGAUCAUGCGCUUCUUUACCAACCCUCGGAAACCUAUGAUUCUUGCCCUUGCUAGACCAGAUCCUAAGAAGAACAUCACAACUUUGGUCAAAGCAUUUGGGGAAUGUCGUCCGCUGAGGGAGCUUGCUAACCUUACAUUAAUUAUGGGUAAUCGAGAUGGAAUUGAUGAAAUGUCGAGCACAAAUGCUUCUGUCCUUCUGUCAGUAAUUAAGCUUAUUGACAAAUAUGAUUUGUAUGGGCAAGUUGCAUACCCUAAACACCACAAACAAUCUGAUGUUCCUGACAUAUAUCGACUAGCAGCAAAGACAAAGGGUGUUUUCAUUAAUCCUGCUUUCAUCGAGCCUUUUGGGCUUACGUUGAUUGAGGCUGCUGCUCAUGGUCUCCCUAUUGUUGCCACAAAAAAUGGUGGUCCUGUUGACAUACAUCGGGUACUUGACAAUGGUCUUCUUAUUGAUCCCCAUGAUGAGAAGUCCAUUGCAGAUGCUCUUCUAAAGCUUGUUGCUGACAAGCAGCUUUGGACCAAGUGUCGGCAGAAUGGGUUAAAGAAUAUUCACCUAUUUUCAUGGCCUGAGCACUGCAAGACUUACCUAACUAGAAUAGCCAGUUGCAAACCUAGGCAUCCACAAUGGCAAAGAAGUGACGAUGGAGCUGAAAAUUCAGAGUCGGAUUCACCAGGUGAUUCCUUGAGAGACAUACAAGAUUUAUCUUUGAACUUAAGGUUUUCUUUGGAUGGGGACAAGAGUGGAGCUAGUGGGAAUGAUAAUUCGAGUAAAUUGGAAAAUGCUGUUUUGGCAUGGUCAAAGGGCAUUUCAAAGGAUUCACGGAAGGCUGGAUUCACAGACCAAAACAGUUCUGGUAAGUUCCCAGUUCUGAGGAGAAGAAAACAUCUCAUUGUCAUUGCUGUGGAUUGUGAUACAAGUACAGAUCUUCUUGAAACCACAAGAAAGAUUUUUGACGCCACAACAAAGGGAAGGACUGAAGGAUCUAUAGGUUUCAUAUUGUCAACAUCAUUGACGAUAUCUGAGAUACACUUAUUUCUGGUCUCUGGAGGUUUGAGUCCAAAUGAUUUUGAUGCUUUUAUCUGUAACAGUGGCAGUGAUCUAUACUAUUCAUCUCUGAAUUCAGACAAUGGUCCAUUUGUGGUCGACUUUUAUUACCACUCGCAUAUUGAAUAUCGAUGGGGUGGAGAAGGUUUAAGGAAGACUUUGGUUCGUUGGGCUACUUCACUAACUGAUAAGAAGUCUGAGAAUGGGGAACAUAUUGUUAUUGCUGCUGAGCAACUUUCAACAGAUUACUGUUAUGCUUUUAAAGUCUUAAAGCAAGGAGUGGUUCCCCCUGUUAAGGAGCUACGAAAGUUGCUUAGGAUUCAGGCUUUACGUUGCCAUGUUAUUUAUUGUCAAAAUGGGACCAGGCUGAAUGUAAUUCCAGUAUUGGCAUCUCGUUCCCAAGCCCUCAGGUAUUUAAAUGUUCGAUGGGGUGUGGAGAUAUCAAAGAUGGUGGUUAUUGUUGGAGAAUGUGGGGACACAGACUAUGAAGGAUUGCUUGGUGGACUUCACAAGAGUGUAAUAUUGAAGGGAGUUUCUAGCAGUGCAAUGAAUCAACUGCACGCAAACAGAAACUACCCUCUAUCAGAUGUCAUGCCAUUGGACAGUCCCAACAUUGUUCAUACAGCGGAAGGUUGCACCAGCGACGAUAUCCGGGCUUCUUUGGAGAGAUUAGGACUUCUCAAGGACUAGAAAGUUACAUUCUUGUUUCUCAGAUCCUUCUUUAAACCCGUAUACUUGUAUCAUUCCCUUUUCCUGUUUCUUGAAGGAGUUGAAUCCUUCAUUGCUUUCACUGGCCAUAAGUUAAUAAAUAAAAGACAGUCUUUUCUUUCCUAAUUGUGUUGCUUCUGUAAUCUGUUACAUCUACCCUGUAAAGCAAAAAUCUGUUGAGAUUUGCAUGAAGGUGAUAUCUAUAUUGUAAAACAAGUCAUCCUAAUAUACAUGAUGGUGAUGUCACUAUCUUUGCCUUUGUA